AUGAGCACAGAAAUGGAUACGUUCGCGGCGCGCCUGGCCAGCUUCGACACAGUCCUCAAACCCGAAAGGCGGAGGUCCUCGACCACGAAAAGUGCCAAAGCGAUCGGAUGGCCUCACCAGAGUCCCUCGCCGGCCGAGUUGGCGCAUGCAGGCUUCUACUACAAACCUUACGAGACCAACCCCGACAACACAACAUGCUUCCAGUGCAAUCGUGCAUUGGAUGGAUGGGAGGAAGAGGAUAACCCAAUUACAGAGCAUCUCAAGCACUCACCGGACUGCGGCUGGGCGAUCAUCAUGGACAUCCAGCAGCAUAGCUCCAACCCCGCCACGAUCGAAGACCCGACCGGUGACCGUAUCACUCAAGCGCGGAUCGCUACAUUUGGCACGGCCUGGCCGCAUGAUGGUAAACGUGGAUGGGUGUGCCAAUCGGAGAAGAUGGUUGAGGGCGGAUGGUACUUCUGCCCGAACGAAGAAAGCGACGACCUAGCUAGUUGCCCCUACUGUAAGCUCUCGCUCGAUGGCUGGGAGCCCAAAGACGAUCCAUUUGAUGAACACUACCGCCGCUCCUCGGAUUGCUCUUUUUUCGUCUUCGCACAACCUCCGGCAAAGAAAAGCAAAGGAUCUCGAUCAAAGAAGGGCCGCACUUCCAAAGCAUCAUCACGACUCUCGACCCAGUCCGUCGCCACCGCUUCAUCUGAAGCUCCUGAAAUGGAUGUCGACGAGUCAAUGGACCAGAGCAUGAUGUCCCAAGCAACUGCCAAGCCAAAGGCUACGAAGAAGGGUACCAAAGGCAAGGGAAAGAGCUCGAAGAGCAAGAAAGAGAAUGUGGAGGUGGAGAGCCAGAUGGAUGUCGACGAAAUCGAGCUUGUACAGCCGGAGCCGGAGCCGGCGAAGCCCAAGCGUGGGAAGGGGAAGAAGCGAGUCAGCGAAGAGAUGAACAAUAAUGAGCCAGAGUCUGUCCAAGAGGAAUUCUAUCAGCCGCCGCCACCUGCAGAACCAUCAGCGAAGCGACGCGCGACGAAAACGCGCAACAGUAGCGUUUCCCAAGCCUACGACCAUGACCAUGUGAUGGCAGACGCGGGCUUCGUGGAUGAAGCACCGCAAGAAGAAGAAACCGCAAAGAAGGGUCGCAAGAAGAAGGGGACCUCAUCUAAAAGCCGCAAGGCUUCUGAUGUGUCUGUUUCAUCUAAAGCCACGUCCAAGACACGUGUACCCCGUGAUUCAGAACUAGAUGCUGCUCUGGAGGCCGGUCCUGAUGCAGAUAUUCCCGAGUCACUGGAGGCGGAGCAGGAAACAGAACCCGAGCCUGAAAAGCCUCGUGCUUCGAAGAAGACCAAGGGCGGGAAGAAGGCCAAGGCUACCGCUAAAUCGCCCGAACCCCCACAGGAGCCAGAGUAUCCCGCAGACGAUCAAGAAGAGCAACCAAAGGUUGAUGUAGAGCCUGAUGCUCCUGAGAUGGAGGAGCCCGAAGUUCCCAAAAUUCCUGAGGAGUCAGAGGAACCAGUCCCCAAGUCAAAGACAACAAAGACAUCCAAGAAGAAGGGAUCCAAGAGGACCAAGGAGGAAAACUCAAAUGCUCCCACAAUGCCAGAUUUGUCCGAGUUCAAGUCUGCAGCUGAGGAUCGACGUGAAUCCGAACGCCACGAAUCUUUUGUGUCGGUCGAAAUCAUCAACACGGAGCCCGAGCCUCGACGGGAGCCGGAGGCGGAGCCCGCAGAGAAAGCCGUGCCGAAGAAAUCCUCGAAGAAAGAUGUCAAAGCAAAGAAGUCGAAGAAGACCAAGAAGGCAGAAGAGACACCUCCUCCGGAGCCGGCCCGGGAAGAGAGAGACUUCAGGUCCCCGACUAGAGACGAAGACGUAUUUGGAACUCCAGAUGACAUCCCCGAUCAAGUUGAGAUGGUUGCAGCACCCCAGGCACCCACGCCGGAGCCGCCUGUGGCCCUUGAAAGGACACCAGUACCAGCAAAGACUGCGAAACGAUUCAGUGAUAUUCCCCAGGAGGAGCAUCUUGCUCAAUCCUUCUCUGAAUCGCAAGGAUCUGGCAGAAAGGAACGGUCGAAUCCCCAGCGGACUUCCCAGUCAUCCAACAGAGCAGUAUCACCGCUUCCGACAGUUCGCCUGAGUACGCCAUCUAUGUCGCCACAAUCCUCUGAUGCGGAGAACCACCCCCCUUCAUCUCGUCCUUCGACGGCUCGCCCGGCUGAACCGUCAGCAUCCAAGAUGCUGAAGACCCGGACCCCACUGGCCGCCAGCACUCCGUCUCCGUCUAAGCGCAAUGCCAACGCCGGUUUCCCUCCAUCCGCACAUCCCUGGACGCCCGUGGACAUUGACGAGGUUCUCUUCGGAGAGGCCAGUGAUAAGGAGAAUGCCGACCUGACUGGUAAUUUCAAGAACGUGACGGGUAAUCUGACCAGCCCGGAGAAGAAGAUGACGGUAGAGGAGUGGAUUAUGUGGAACGCGAAGAACGGCGAAGAGCGACUGAAGAGAGAGUGCGAACGACUUGUCGGCCAGUUCGAGAAGGAGGGUGGCCGAGCCAUGCAGCGGCUCGAGGCUAUCGAGUGCAUGGAUUAA